AUGCUUGUUUGUAUGCCAGAUAGCACAAAAGGCUGCAAAAGUCAUCCACCUUGUCCUCCUGGUCAGAUCUGCGUAGAAAGAACAGUGCCAUGUAUUGGUCGUUCGUGUCGAAAAGUAGCAAAAUGCGCCCCACAAGGAACUUGUGAAGCAUUGGAAUGCCCUCCAUCGCACGUAUGUGAAAUGAAACCUGGACCAACUUGCAUAAAAAAGAAUAUGUCACAGGCAGAUAUCGCCAAAAUGAAUGAGCACUAA